AUGAAAUGCCCGCAGUGCCAAGCGGAAAUUCAAACUGUUAAAGACUGCCUGGAUGUCGAACAUUUCUGCCCCAGUUGUAAUGCAUACCUCGAGACUAAACACAGAGAACAUUCCUUGUGGACUGACUUUGAUGAAGGAGGUGGUGUCCUGGUGGCACGUUGCGAACAUGACGCUAUCACCGUUGGAUCGGCUGGUGAUAACCAAUUUAUCAACAUCAAAGAAUGGGACUCAAGGUUGUCUGGUGAAGUCGAAUGGCGCCAGAAACUGGACACUCAGCGAGGUGCUGUUCAGGCCAACGAGCUGAAGAAUAAUGCAUGCAAGCUAGCAAAAUGGACUGUGCAAGCUCUGCUCGCCAACUCUGAUUGGAUUAAAUUCGGAUAUGUUUCCCGUAUGCACAUACGAGAUACAUCGCGUCGUGUAAUCCUUGGAACACAGCAGUUCCACCCGUCAGAUUUCGCAUCGCAAAUCAACCUUAACAUCGACAAUGCUUGGGGCAUUCUCCGUUGUAUUAUUGAUUUGUGUAUGAAGGAAGAGGAUGGCAAAUAUUUGUUGGUGAAGGAUCCUAACAAGCCCGUCAUUCACCUUUACAAGGUGCCCGAUAUUACGUUUGAGAGCGACGAUGAAGCAUUUUUCGGAGAAGGAGAAGGUUUGAAACCAAUCAAUAUCGUAACGUGCGUGUGUAACUGCUGGCUUGCUUUUUUUGCUUGGGUGUUGGCCUCUCUUUUUUUUUACUAUCAAAGAUUAAAUAAACACGUCCAAGCAGUUAAUCAAAUUUCCCUACAUUUGUACGCCGUGUUACGUUUUGCUUGAAUUCGAAGCUCGAGCUUUGUAUUUAUGUAUAAUAUCUAACCACCAGUGGAAGUGCUUGGCUUCUUGGGGGAAAAAAACCUAAUUAGAUAUGCGACAUGACUUAAGGUAGUUUUAAAAAAGGCGCUAUAAAACGCAUGAUUUCAUAACGACAACUACGAAAUGGUAAAUAACAAUGUAUUCAUUUUUUACACAUGAAUAAAAGACGAGUAACGGCUGAUACAACAAAAGAACAGCUCUUCCACUAAUUCCCCAAUCUACAACAAUACUACGUUUGUAAUGAUCGUUACAUGGAAUAAAGCACUUAUGAAGCUUCCAGUUUA